AUGCUUGCUUUAAUAGGAGAUCAAAUAAUUCCUCUGUCUAAUGCAUGUGACAGUGCUGCAGAAUAUUAUGAACAAAAUGAAGCUGAAAUAGCAGGCCCACAACCAGAACAAGAUGCAAUUGAUGUUACAAUCCCCAUUCAUGAUAGUGAAAAUGAAUCAUGCGCGUUUGUAGCAGAAUUAAGUGCCAAAAAAAUAAUUAAAAAAAAAAUCAAUAAAAGCCCCCAUAAAGAACAAACAAUCGAGAUUAACCUCCAUGUUGAAAAAAAAAUUUUA